AUGGCCACUUCAAUACUCCGGCGGCCAGGCAAUCUUGCCCGAUACUCGAGAACCGCAGCAGAAUGCAUCCCUCGUGCACGCCCAAUCCUCACAUACACCCGCCAAUCGAGACUAUCAGCUCUCAUCACCGCGCACCGGAACACAAGAUGCUAUACCACCGGAGGCCCCGGAGGGCCACCACGUAACGACCAGAACGGACAAAACAACCCCGGGAGAAAGCCCGAGAACGGAGGUGACCCGAAUCGGGAUAACAAAGGGCCCGAGGAGCCUCCGUCGAAACUGAGCAAGGAAGAGCAGGAGGGGCUGGAUAAGCUGAUAUCGAAUCUGAAGGAGGGGGUGCCGCCGUCGCAGCACCAGUUGCUGGAUGAUAUUCGGACGGUGUUGAUGAGUGAGGGGUUACCGGAGGAGGUGAGGGAUUAUAUUGCGGAGCAUGUUCGGUCUGGGCGGGUGCCGUCGCUUAUGGAUUAUGUGAAGUUCACGCGUUAUGUGUCGAAGAAUAUGAAGACUUAUGCGGCGAAGAUGGAAGAGUUGGAGAGGAAACGAGAGCAAGGCUUGAAACCGGAGGAGGCCGAGGAGCAGCAGAAGAAGGAGAAGGAGCAGGAGGGAGAGCAGCAACAGCAGAAGCAGCAGAAGGGUAAGGAUCAAUGGAAUAAGCCGCCAAACUUCAGGGUCCUUGAGUUCCGAUUCGAUCCCGUUACGACUUUGAUUAGCACGAUGUUGGCAUAUUAUGUCUACCAGAGCUUCUUCCCCGGUGAAGGCAGAAAGGAGAUCACAUGGCAGGAGUUCAGGGCGAAUUUCUUCGACAAGGGUCUUGUGGAAAAGUUGACCGUCAUCAAUGGUGCUCGUGUCCGGGUUGAUCUCCAUCGCGAUGCUGUGGCCAACGUCUACCCCGACUCCCCAGCAAGCGAGCAAUCCUUCCAUUACUACUUCACCAUCGGAUCGGUUGAGAGUUUCGAGCGCAGACUGGAUGAAGCUCAGAACGAAUUGGGUAUUGCCAGCAUAGAGCGGGUUCCCGUCGCCUACCAGGAUGAAGUUUCUUGGCUUGCAACCGUUGCAUCUUUCGGUCCUACCCUUUUGCUGAUCGGUACUUUCUUCUGGUUGUCGAGACGUGCUGGUAGUGGAGGUGGACAGAGUGGAAUCUUUGGUAUUGGGAAGAGCCGUGCUAAGCGCUUCAACCAUGAGACGGAUAUCAAGACCAAGUUCUCGGAUGUGGCUGGUAUGGACGAGGCAAAGGUUGAGAUUAUGGAAUUCGUCAGCUUCCUUAAGCAGCCGGAGAGGUUCCAGAAGCUGGGUGCUAAGAUCCCCCGUGGUGCUAUCCUCUCUGGUCCUCCUGGUACUGGUAAAACGCUGCUGGCCAAGGCGACCGCUGGUGAAUCUGGUGUCCCGUUCUUCAGUGUCAGCGGUUCGGAAUUCGUUGAGAUGUUCGUCGGUGUUGGUCCCUCUCGUGUCCGUGACCUUUUCGCCAACGCGCGGAAGAACACGCCCUGCAUCAUCUUCAUUGAUGAAAUCGAUGCCAUCGGCAAGUCGAGAGCCAAGCAGGCUUUUGGCGGCGGCAACGACGAGCGUGAGAGUACUCUCAAUCAGAUCCUUACUGAAAUGGACGGUUUCAACACUUCCGACCAGGUUGUUGUCCUGGCUGGUACCAACCGACCGGACGUUCUUGAUAAGGCUUUGAUGCGUCCUGGCCGUUUUGACAGACACAUCUCUAUUGACAGGCCGACUAUGGAUGGCCGCAAGCAGAUCUUCCGCGUUCACUUGAGCAAGAUCGUUACCAGUGAGGACAUGGAAUACUUGUGUGGUAGAUUGGCGGCUUUGACUCCGGGCUUUGCUGGUGCUGAUAUUGGAAACUGUGUUAACGAGGCAGCCCUUGUUGCGGCUCGUGAAAACGCCGACAAGGUGGUCAUGAAGCACUUCGAGCAGGCUAUCGAGCGUGUCAUCGGCGGUCUGGAGAAGAAGUCCGUCGUGCUCUCACCCGAGGAGAAGCGCACCGUCGCAUACCACGAGGCCGGACACGCCAUCUGUGGCUGGUACUUCCGCCACGCCGAUCCUCUCCUCAAGGUCUCCAUCAUCCCCCGAGGCCAAGGUGCUUUGGGAUAUGCUCAAUACCUGCCAGCCGGCGGAGAUACCUACCUUCUCAAUGUCAACCAACUCAUGGACCGCAUGGCCAUGACCCUGGGCGGCCGUGUCAGCGAAGAACUCCACUUCGACACCGUCACCAGCGGCGCCAGCGACGACUUCAACAAGGUCACCCGCAUGGCAACCGCCAUGGUAACAAAAUUCGGCAUGUCCCCCAAGCUCCGCUACAUCCACUACGAAGAAGACCAGCAGCAAUUCCAGAAGCCCUUCUCCGAGGAAACAGCCAAGGAUAUCGACAUGGAAGUCCGCCGCAUCGUCGAAGAAGCCUACAAGAAGUGUCACAACAUGCUCGUCGAGAAGAAGAAGGAAGUCGGUAUGGUUGCGGAGGAACUUCUCUCCAAGGAGGUUCUUUCGCGUGAUGAUCUUAUCCGCCUCUUGGGUCCCAGACCUUGGCCUGAGACGGGUGAGUUCGCGAAGUACUUCGAUGGACGCACCGUGCAGCCACCAGAGUCUCCGCAGAUGCCGACGGAGGAGCUUGAAGGGAAAGAUGGGAGAGACCAGACUCCUCUUCCGCCAUCAUGA